AUGCAUAGGUAUAAAAGAUCUGAUGCAACCCCUCUAUCUUCUGAAGAUAUUCAGGAUAUUAUUAAAGCAAAAAAUUCAAUGAAGCGGGCAUCAGAAACCAUGGCUAAAAAAUACAAAAUAUCAUCACGACGGGUGUAUCAAAUCUGGCGAGGGCUAGAGCAUCCUCCUGAUCCUUUAUUAAAGAAAAAUAUUAAUUGGGAUAAAAAAAUCGAAAAUAAUUCUGAUAUUGUAUAUAGCAUUGAUACUUCUGAUACUCCUGAUACACCGCAUAGUACUACUACUUCGCAUAGUAUUAUUUUUUUUAUUAAUACCACAGAUGGUCCCCAUAUAAUGAAUAGAACUAAUACUCCGCAUAAUAUUGAUAUCAAUAUGGUUAAUCCAUCACCCAGAAGGUAUAUGCGCUCUGAUGCUACAAAAUUAUCUACUACAGAUUAUGAAGACAUCAUGCAAUACCGGGAUAUGAAGUCCAAGCCUCUAGAACAAUUAAGAAAGAAAUUUCAUAUAUCAACUUCUCUUCCGCUUUCUUAUUCAAGUACAAAUGCAAUAGAUAAACAGGAUAUACCAGAGGCCACUACAUUACUGGAAAACAUGAUCCGGGAUGUUUCACUAGAAUGUAAUACCACUUCGGAUAGCAAGAAAAAAAAGACUGGAGGAAAGAAUCCCAAGUCUAAGUCUGUUAGCAUCUCCGAUUCUAAAGAUCUAUCAGAAAGGGUUCUAGA